UUUAAGUUGCGAUAAACAGGAGUCUAAUGCUAUGUUUCUUUUUUCAGUUUGGGAGUUUAACCCCUCUCCACAUAGCUGUAUCUAUUCCUGGGGAGGAAGGAGUCCAGAUAACACAGUACCUCCUGCAUUCUGCACCAGAUCUUGAUGCAAGGGCAGAAGAUGGAAAUGAGGUAUAUGGUCCAGACCAGGUUCCUCUGCCUCAAACCAGAGAAACCCAGUUGUCCCGUGGUGUCACUGUGCACCUGAAGAAUGAAGCAGGACCACCAAAAGGGUACUUCUCCUCCUAUUUUGGUCCUGUUCCAGAAGAAGGUGGAAGGAGUGCAUUGCAUAUUGCAUGCGAAAGAGAGGAUAACUGUGAGCAUGCCAGAGAUGUUAUCCGCCUCCUUUUAAUGCAUAAGGCAAAUCCAAACACACUGUGGAGUGGCCAUUCACCACUUUGCUUAGCAAUCGCCAGUGGGAAUGAUUUGGCAGUGGUCGAACUCCUCAAACAUGGGGCUGAUCCAAAUCUGCCAUUAAGCAGAGCAGUAAGAAGUGCCCUCUGUACAGCUGUCAGUACCACAUAUGAACAGAAGAGAACAAAAGCACAGAGGAUUGCUUUGGUUGAUAAGCUGCUUGAAGCUGGCGCGGAUAUCCUUGCACCAGUUACUCUUAGGGAAGGACAGCAAAAAGCAGUGGGAACAGCUGUCGACUAUGCCUAUUUUGAAUAUUAUCAGGUAUGACUUCAGUUCCCGUAACUGAAGAUACCGUGUUCUUUGCAUUCA